AUGAAUGUCGAAUUCCAGAAUCCAUAUUAUCCGUAUGGUGAAUAUCAUCACGACCCCUGCAUCACUGGGAAUUGCACGUCGGCCGUCACCGUCGUCGUCGUUCAUCUCACCACCCUUAUCGAGAUCCGAACCCUGCGUCCCAAAAUCACCCUAGAUAAAUACAUCGUAUUCCUGCUAUACUUAACGUGGCACGUCUUCCUUCUUUUCUAUCACUUCUACUACUUUGUCUGGGCAAAACCAAAGAGGCCCUGGACCGUCGCCAGAAUCAGUAAGGGCACGGCAAAGAUCUCCAAAAAGACAUACUCAAAAGUCAAAGAGUGGUCUAAAAAGAAGGUCCAGAAGGAUCUUUAUAUCAAUCCGAAUCAGUUCGAAAGAGACGAAAGUGGUCCACCUCAAGUCAAGUUGAAAUGGAGGGAAGCGGUCGAUAUCAACCAGAUGAACCGUUUUCGAGGGUUGAGACGAAGGAAGGUGGUUCGCCAGAACAAGUUCGAUUGGUUCGAGUAG